AUGAGUAAUUAUCCAAAUCUUAAAAUUAUAGUUUAUGAAACUAUACACACAGGAUCACCUUAUGGGCUGCCUGCACGCGAUAGAGAACAUCAAAUAAGAAUAAAUUCAAUUAAAACAAAACAUCAAAUUUCAGCAUUUCCUUUGGUGUCAGUAUUUUAUCAAACAAGUUUUCGUAAUUUUUUAAGUUAUCUUGAAGAAAAUGCAAAAAACCAACAAACCACAACUGUUAUUAAACAAAAUCUG